CUUAUUAUACUUGGCUUCAAUCUAAAAUAAGAUGGGAAAAAUUAAGAAUCCUAAGUUAGGAUAAAAAAUUCUGUGAACAAACUCAAAUUGUAACUGACAAAUGGUGACAUUAUUUAUGGAUUUUGAGAAUCUGAGAACUGUUACGAUUCCCAGUUAAAGUUUAUGAUCCUACAAAUGUCCAAGACCAAAUAUGGCAUUUGCAUGGGUAAGGUUUAUUAUGAAAGAUGUCUUACCUGGCUGGUAAUAAGAAAUUCAAAGUUACGCCAGCUGCCCCGGAUUAGUUCACUUAUUAGCGGACACGGGUCAAUAGGCAGGUAGCCUGGCGCAAUCCACCUCACCUGGUGGCCAGGUAAAUCCUUGAGCUUGCAUAAAAGCGGCGAGCACUGCUAGGUGGGUAGACAGUUCAACUACAAACGUCAACAUGAAGAGUCGCAUGGCAUCCUUGAUCAAGAAGACGGGCAAGCCGUACACUGAGUCCGAUAAGUUGCCGUACAUCAACAACUAUGGCGCACUCGAGCUGGAGGCAGCUGCCGCACUGCUAAUGCUGCGCUAUCAGUACGAGAUCAAGGCCGCCAAUGUCAAGCAGACAACGCCGCCGCUUUCAACAGCCACAGUAAUAGGAGGAGGAGCAGCCUCAUUCGAACCCAUCGCCGAGGAGUCCACGCCGAAGGAGCCGAUGCGCAGUUCCAUGACUGCUGCGUCGCAACCGCUGAAGAAGCGCAGCAUCCCGCCUCAUCUGCUGCGCCGCUCGUUGACUCCAGCCAAGGCGACGCCGCCGCCAACGCCCACGCCCACGCCCAGUUGCAGCAGCAGCAGCAGCAACAACAGCGUGGCGGCAAUCGGCGGCAGCACAAUAGUAAAAGCCAAACAGAAGGCCACCUCCACUGCGGCAUGCAACAAGGCGUUGCUCAAGUCGUGCCGCAAUAUGAUCCGUGAAUUCCUUGAUAAUCAGGAGUUGAUCUAAAUCAGUAAUAGAUCUAAAAGACAGACGAUCUAAAACAUCAGUUACUUAAGACGUAGCACAGUGAUCUAAAACAGAUUCAGCAGCUGUUUUAAACUUCAAAAGUAAUUUACACACAGUGAUCUAAAAGAAGUCAGCAACUGAUCUAAAUACACAAUCGGUUUUUGAUUUAAAGCACAAAAAUCAAUUGAUGUAAAAGACAUUCAGAAGCUGAUCUAAACAGAAAGUGCCAUAAACAUCAACAGAGCAAUCAACAGUUGAUCUAAAAAGUAUUCAAAAUCUAACAUUAUCAUCUGCUGAGCUAAAACACAGAAAGCGGCUGAUCUAAACUUAAGAAGUAACUAUAAUUUAGUGAUCUGAGAGACAAUCUAAUUUAUAAUCAAAUCACAGAAAAUUGAAACUAAUGUAGCCAUCAGUAACUGAUCUAAAAGUCUCCCAAAUUGUAUUCAUAGAAACAUUUGACUUCAGAGUUUUGAUUUCAUUUAUUUAUUGCAUAUAUAAAUUUGUUUCAUUACUUGUUUUUUUUUUUUUUCGUAUAUAAUAUGCUCUAUAUAUAUAUUAUAUAUAUAUUUUUUAUAUAUAUAUCAUAUCGAAAGAUAAGGUAUUUUUUCAAUGGAAGAACAGGUAUUGUGGCGACACUAAAGUGCUAAUUAUUAGCUAUUGGCGGUGUUUAAACUUAAGCAAUUAGACGAAUGAAAAACAAACAAAAAUUAUAUUAAUUAAAAUUAAUUACAUAUAUAUGUGUAUAUAUAUAGUUGUCUAUAUAUA